GUUCAAUAGUCAACUGUUUAACAGCGGGGUAGAAGCUGUCCUUCAGCCUGGUGAACUGCAACACCUACAGUCCUCGAACAAGUUUGACAAAAUGAUAAAGACAAUAUCCUCUAAUUGUGCUCACCUGCUACAGACUUGAAAUUUGCAGUACACGUUCCAUUUCCAUUAUUGUCAGUAGACUCUUUGAAGUACAUGCUGUUAUAUGACGGAAUAACCAGGGAGGUUACUUUGCUCUUUAGGUGCUCAGGAGUUGACCACGUUUAGUCAAAUACUACAAGCUGGACUUGGAAACAAGAAGUGAUGCAUCUCUUUUUGAGGAAUUUCAACACACCAACCUUGCAGAUAUCCUGCAGAAUGGUUUCGAAUUAUGUCAGUCGGAUCCGCCACCUGUGUGACUUGAAGGAGGACGAAGCCUGCCGGAAGGCUCUGAGCUCUGGAACUUUCCUGCUCUUUCACGGUCUCUCACCUCUUUUGCAGAGGAUUGAGAACAAGUACACAGCACCAUUUGUGACAGCCUCAGAGCUGAACGGAAUUCUUAAGAAGCUGGGCCAAACAGAAAAGUGCUUGGAGGAAUCAGUGCUAAUUGGCUGCACAGAGAGUCUUGUGCCACAGUUUGCACUUGAUUUAGGACAAACUGAAAAGGCCAGAGCAGAAUUGCUUCUGAAGGGAAAGUUUGUUGAAUUCAAGAAAGCCUUCUUUCUCCUGGAAGGAAAGGAUUCACCCCUUCUAUCCCAGGCACAGGCCCUUCUCCAUUGGCACAGCACACACCUCUACUGUGGGAGAACUGGACAACCGACGCAGAAAAAUAUAUCUGGCAGCAAGCGUGUCUGUGGCACUGAUGAAAUAAUCUAUUACCCACAGAUGUCUCCUGUGGUUAUCAUGUUGGUAUCUGAUGGAGCACGUUGCCUGCUGGCACGCCAGAAAGGAUUUCCUCCUGGAAUGUAUAGUGCACUGGCUGGAUUCUGUAGCAUUGGAGAAACUGUGGAAGAGUCUGUGCACCGGGAGGUGGCGGAGGAAGUCGGUUUGGAUGUGUCCUCACUGGUGUAUUCCGCAUCCCAGCACUGGCCCUUUCCCAGUAGCACUCUCAUGAUUGGGUGCCAUGCAAUGGUGCAGCCAAAGCAGAACAAGAAUAAGACAAUUGGCGGCUUCUAAAGUGGCUUUGCCUGUGAUGCUCAAUGACAAGCCGCAAGUAGAUAACAAGAAUAGCCCAGAUGAUGCUGUUUUCUCUACUGUUUGUGGCAAAGGCAUUUAGCGCCUGUCCCUAGAGGCUCAGCUGAGAAGAAGAACUUGCCAUGUGAGGAUGUUUUGGAGGAAUGCAGCGUUAUCCCAAUCCACAGCACAUUGCUUUGAAACUCUGAUCUAUUUUGCAAUUUAAGUCGAGAAGUCUUGCUCCUGAGUUCUGUGAUUGCCAUCACUUGCUUUGAAUAAUCAAAUUCUCAAUGAAUUUCACGAACUUAGCUUAAAUUCUUUAUAAGAGAAGGGGAACACUUUCAUGUGUAUGAUGCCUUUCAAUGACCUCUGGAAUUACUGUAGUACUUCACAAUCAUUGAAAUUUUGAAGUUUAGGAAAUCCAACAAUCAAUUUGAACAGUGAAUUGCCGGGUCAUUAUAUAACCUCUUUUGCACUUUGCUUGAGUGAUGUUGGUGGAUGGAUGCAUAUUAGACCAGGACAUCAAAGAGGAACCUCUUUUUUCAAACUAGUGCCAAGGGAUCUCAUUCACAUGGCAGUGCGGACAGGACCUCAGUUUAACAUGUUUUCUGAUUGACAGAAUUUCUGUGACCAUGCCGCUCUCUCUCUCUGACAACCUAGAAUUUUUGCUUAAUUAUCUAGCUUGGGAUUUGAAAGCAUCACCUUCUGACUCUCAAGAGUGAUAGCUGUGUAGCUUUGCCUUCAAUUUUUUUUAAUGUGAGGAUUGAGUAUUUUUCACUUUUGGCAUCAAAAUCAGAAUCGGGUUUAUUAUCACUGACAUAUGUUGUGAGAUUUAUUGUUUUGCGGCAGCAGUACAGUGCAAGACAUAAAAAUCACUAUAAGUUACCCAAAAUAAAUAAACAAAUAGUGCAACAGAGGAAUAACGAGGUAGUGUUCAUGGACCGUUCAGAAAUCUGAUAGCAGAGGGGGAAAAGCUGUUCCCAAAGUACUGAGUGUGGGUCUUCAGGCUCCUGUACCUCCUCCCUGACAGUAGUAAUGAGAAAAGGGCGUGUCCCAGAUGGUGAGGGUCCUUCAUGAUGGAUGCCGCCUUCUUGAGGCACCGCCUCUUGAAGAUGUCCUCAAUGGUGGGGAGGGUUGUGCCCGUGAUGGAGCUGGCUGAGUCUACAACCCCCUGCAGCCUCCUUCGAUCCUGUGCAUUGGAGCCUCCGUACCAGGUGGUGAUGCAACCAGUCAGAAUGAUCUCCACUGUACAUCCAGAGAAAUUUGUAAGCGUCUCUGGUGACAUACCAAAUCUCCUCAAACUCAUAAUGAUGUAGAGCUGCUGGCGUGCCUUCUUCAUGAUUGUAUCAAUGUUUUGGGCCCAGGAUAGGUACUCUGAGAUGUUGAUGCCCAGGAACUUGAAGCUGCUCAUCCUUUCCACCACUGACCCCUCAAUGAGGACUGGUGUGUGUUCUCCUGACUUUCCCUUCCUGAAUUCCACAAUCAGUUCCUCGGUUUUGCUGACAUUGAGUGCGACGUUGUUGCAACACCGUUCAACCAGCCAACCUAUCAUGUAUUAUAUAUAUUGAGCAAUAUAAUGGAGAAUAAAGUGGGAUCAGUGAUUGAUGAUCAGAGCAAUGUGAUGGGCUUGCUUCCACGCCGUGUUUCUCUGUCUAUGCCAUAACAUGAACUAUGUGUGGAAUAAACUUCUUUCUACAAUAUCUCAUCAUUGUACAUUAUC